CGACAUCGCCCUUGUUUUCCUUCCGCUCAGCUAAUCCUAGCCGUCGGAUCUAACCGAAUAACUCGAAUAAAUAUCCCGUCUUCAAACGCUAACCCUAAAAUCGUGCAACCUUUCUUUUUCUCUGAGACGAAGAAGAUUCAGUGAAUCAGCCAUGGGUAAGGUGCACGGAUCGCUGGCACGUGCCGGAAAGGUGAGAGGCCAGACACCGAAGGUGGCUAAGCAAGAUAAGAAGAAGAAGCCACGUGGACGUGCCUACAAGCGCAUGCAGUACAAUCGCCGUUUUGUCACUGCUGUUGUUGGCUUCGGAAAGAAACGAGGACCCAACUCCUCCGAGAAGUAAACUUGAACUGGUGCAUUUAUGAACUAGACUUAUGGCCUUUCAUGCUAGAGAAAAACACACUAGCCCUGUUACUUCUUAGUUAUUAUUUUUUUUCCUUUUGAACAAUUUUGUUUGGUUUAGGAUGGAAUGUCAAACAUUAUGAAUCUCAAUUAAUUACUGAUUGAAUUUUGUUGUCUAAA